AUGUACACCGACGAAUCAUUCAGAAUCAAGACAAAACGCACAUACGGAAAGGACGAACGGCAGAUCGUCAAAGAUAAUAGGAAUUUGGACGCGGCGAAACCCAAAGAGCGAGAGGGAUGCAGGACGCCUAUUGUCAAUCCAGGCACGCUUGGAGAGAUCGACGGACAGCCAGUGGGUACGCGGUACAUGAACAGGGCAUUGCUUUUGGAGGCGGGGAUGCAUGGGGGUAUCAGGCGAGGAAUUUAUUCGUUCCAAGGGAGUGCGCGGUCUGUCGUACUGUCAGAUGGGUAUGAAGAAUUCAACGAGGAUAAGGGCAAUAAAAUCCGGCUGUGCGGAGAAGGCGGGCGAAGCAACGAUGGGAAGAUGCAAGUCAAGGACCAGAAGUACACACACGGUAAUAGGGCUCUGCAGAACACGAUGCAGUCGGGCCAGCCUGUGCGCGUUAUUCGGGGAUAUAAACUCAACUCCAAGCAUGCCCCAAGAAAUGGGUUCCGCUACGACGGUUUGUACAGAGUAACAGGAUGUUAUGAGAGACGAGACGAAAAUGGGCAUAGGAUCAUUUUAUUCAAGUUCAAGCGACUUCCUGGUCAACUCCCCAUCGGAACUCAAGACAAAUUCUGGGCGUACCCCGAUUCCGAUGUUCCUGCCAAGAUGCCCAAGCCGUCUACACCCAAAAAGACCAAGUCGGCGUCCCUCUUCCCACCUCGACCCAAGCUCCCUUCCUUCAACAAGACCAGCACGUCUUCGCAUACCUUUCCAUCCAACUGGCAGCAAAUCACCAUGAACCAAUCAUAUCCCAUGCAUUUGUACUCCGACAGCGGUGUUCCCAUGUCGCCUGUCCUUGCAGUCAAAGUGGAGCACCAGAAGGAGAACUACUACGAUGAUACUCUGCAGUACCCUGAGUACGAUGUCAAGGACAUUGGGUCUCCCAGUACUCAAAAUCACACAGCUAAAUCGACGUCACCUGCUGUUUCCGUUCCUCCACCCCGCAUCUUAGCUAAACAUCCCACCCCACUCCCACGCGUCCGCGUCGAAACAGAGUCCCCACCUCCUGCCACGGUGCGCAAGAGAUCAGGGAGUACCUUUGACGAUCCGCUUCCCCGCAAGCGCCGGAAACUGUCCAACACCCUACUAGCACUCGUCAAAACCGAAUCCCCGCCACCCUUCUGUGCGAGAUCGAGUGGCAGUCUUUCUAAGCGUGGUCCUCGGAAGAGGAAGUGUAGCGAUAUCGAGCGCUGAUCCAUUUCAUUACAAGGCCCUCAUUCCGAAUAUGCCUGCCUCAUUAUCAUCCUUUAUUGUUAACCCAUGCCAUCCAUCUCAAACUCGCAACGUUACUUUCUACUCUUGUACUUUUACCUGGCUGUACACUCUUCACUUCACUACCUCUUCCUCCUUCGCUCACGAGAACAAGACAUGGUAUCUCCGGUACAAUUCAAGUCAUCCAAGUUACUUCAUCACUCGAGUUUGUUAACUCCAUCCUCGCUCGCCGUGCUUCGUUAGACGCCGUCUGAUUGAUGACAGAAGCUUCCUUGACUGCUUGUUAAUCCAAGACCCUGGAGGGCGCUUAAGAACCUCCCUCACGAGGCCCCUCGAGUCGUUGUCUUAAAUUCCCACAUUCCUGCACACACUAAGCGCUGUCUUGCCGCCUUUCCAACUAUCCUACUAGACAACAU